CCUCUACCUCCGUCCUUCUCGCAGUCCUCUCGGGGACCUGCACCCUCGCUCCGCAGGGCGGUAGGGAGGGAGCACACGCACCCGGGCGCUUACGAGGGGGCGGGGACUGUGUACACACGUGUCACACCUGACCCGAGAAGCAUCUCCAGGGACACCAGCGGCAGAGCCCCGCGCACGCCCUUGAGCACCUGAGCUCCAGGGCGUCCCCUCGGACUCGGGAAGAAAAAACACACCCCGAGGCACACGUGGACACCUAAGUACCCACGCGGGGACCUCUGCAGAGCUGCUCAGCUGAACCCUUGGGCACAUGGGCACCCGAACACCGGGAAGAGCCUGCUAUGCUCCGGUCUCCUCUUGACACCGAUCCAGGACACCUGCCGUUCGGGCUUGCUCCUCCUUCCUGGCCAGAUGGGCGGGAAACUGACAUUGCUCUGUGUGACCUGAGCGGUCCCUGGGAAAAAAGUACAUCUCCUGGAAAGGAUGCUUUUUAGCUGAGCUCUGGUGGAUGAGAGGAGCUAGCCUUGAAAAACUUGAUACUGAUGGACAUUGUGUGGGCCAGAGGCAGGGAUGGUUGGCUAUGACCCCAAACCAGAUGGCAGGAAUAACACCAAGUUCCAGGUGGCAGUGGCUGGGUCUGUGUCUGGACUUGUCACUCGGGCGCUGAUCAGUCCCUUCGACGUCAUCAAGAUCCGUUUCCAGCUUCAGCAUGAGCGCCUGUCUCGAAGUGACCCCAACGCAAAGUACCAUGGCAUCCUCCAGGCCUCUAGGCAGAUUCUGCAGGAGGAGGGGCUGACAGCUUUCUGGAAAGGACACAUCCCCGCUCAGAUUCUCUCCAUAGGCUAUGGAGCUGUCCAAUUCUUGUCGUUUGAAAUGCUGACGGAGCUGGUCCACAGAGGCAGCGUGUACGACGCCCGGCAAUUCUCAGUGCACUUUGUGUGUGGUGGCCUGGCUGCCUGUAUGGCCACCCUCACUGUGCACCCUGUGGAUGUUCUGCGCACCCGCUUUGCAGCUCAGGGUGAGCCCAAGGUCUAUGAUACGCUGCGCCACGCUGUGGGGACCAUGUAUAGGAGCGAGGGCCCCCAGGUUUUCUACAAAGGCUUGGCCCCCACCUUGAUCGCCAUCUUCCCCUACGCCGGGCUGCAGUUCUCCUGCUACAGCUCCUUGAAGCACCUGUACAAGUGGGCCAUGCCAGCCGAAGGAAAGAAAAAUGAGAACCUCCAAAACCUGCUUUGUGGCAGUGGAGCUGGUGUCAUCAGCAAGACCCUGACAUAUCCGCUGGACCUCUUCAAGAAGCGGCUACAGGUUGGAGGGUUCGAGCACGCCAGAGCUGCCUUUGGCCAGGUGCACAGAUACAAGGGCCUCAGGCACUGUGCCAAGCAGGUGCUGCAAAAGGAAGGUGCCCUGGGCUUCUUCAAGGGCCUGUCCCCCAGCUUGCUGAAGGCUGCCCUCUCCACAGGCUUCAUGUUCUUCUGGUAUGAAUUCUUCUGUAAUGUCUUCCACUGCAUGAACAGGACAGCCAGCCAGCGCUGAGCGCAGGAAGGACCCCAGGUCUGUCCUGGAGGCAGCCUCCCAAAGGAAGGAAGAUUCAGUCUCCACUGAGAGGUGCUCUCUGGCCCUUCCCUGCGGGCCAGCUGCCCCCAGCAGGGUGGCAGCCUUGAACCCACCUGGCUGGGACACCACCAGAAGGUCCAGGGCUCUCCCCAUGAGACAAUCAGAGGGAAUGAAGGACGUGGUCUACGGUGAACCAACGACACAGCGAGAAGGAGCAGGAAAUUGCUGUUUCUCCUCUGACCCCAGCCCACACUCCAAAAGAAAGAGAUGCCGUCCUACACCUGUCAGCCCUGUCUGCCCGGAGAACAGAGCGCUCCUGGUCUGGAUGGGGCUGCUGCUUGAGUGCAGAGGGCUGCAUUAGGCCCUUUGCAGGAGUCAGGUCCCCACACUCGGCCUGUUUUUCCCAACCUAUUUAAUAGACAUUAAAGCUAAACGCACAUUCCUUAUCUUA